GCCCGGUAUAAAUGGGUCGAUUGAAGGGGAACGGAAGAGAGACCCAAUUCAUCAGCGACGGCGUACAGAUCAAACUUGUAACUUGUAAGUUGUAGUGGCGGCAUGGCCAUAUUCCAACUCUCGAGGCACAUCUGACUCUCUGCCGACGGCUACGCCCCUCUGCACAUCUAGCUGUAGAAGCUCGGUCAACAUAUCACUUGUACAUGCUAAUUGCUGAACCAAAAGUGGGGGACUCGAUCCGAGUUGCCAGCGGCGCUACUUGCAUAGAGUCCGCGCACGGUUUUGCGCCGCCAUGCCUCCCAAAGCUUCUAAGAAGGGGGAGGCUCCGACAGAGAAGCCUAUCCUGGGUCGCUUCUCCAGCCACUUGAAAAUUGGCAUUGUGGGCCUCCCCAAUGUGGGCAAGUCGACCCUGUUCAACACUUUGACCAAGCUGUGCAUUCCCGCCGAGAACUUCCCCUUCUGUACCAUCGAGCCCAAUGAAGCCCGCGUCAUUGUCCCCGACGAGAGGUUUGACUGGCUGUGCCAACUCUUCAAGCCCAAGAGCGAGGUGCCUGCGUUCCUGGAGGUGCACGACAUUGCGGGCCUGGUGCGGGGUGCCAACGAGGGGCAGGGCCUGGGGAACGCCUUCCUCUCGCACAUCCGCGCCGUCGACGGCAUCUUCCACGUCCUCCGUGCGUUUGACGAUAGCGAUGUGAUCCACGUGGAGGACAGCGUAGACCCCGUGCGUGAUCUCGACAUCAUCACCAACGAGCUGCGCCUCAAGGACAUUGAGUUUGUGGAGCGGCGCCUGGAGGAGCUGCAGAAGGUGCUCAAGCGCAGCAACGAGAAGGUGCUCAAGCAGGAGCUGGAGACGCAGGAGAAGCUCCUCGACUGGCUGAAAGACGGCAAGGACGUGCGCUCCGGCGAAUGGAAGGCGCUCGACGUCGAGUUCAUCAACACCAUGCAGCUCCUCUCCGCCAAGCCCGUUGUCUACCUCGUGAAUCUGACGGAGAAGGAUUACCAGCGGAAAAAGAACAAGUGGCUGGCCAAGAUCCAUGCCUGGGUGCAGGAGCACGGGGGCGACGUGCUGAUUCCGUUCAGCGGGGUGCUCGAGCAGAAGCUGGCGGACAUGCCCGCGGACGAGGGCGCCACCUACUGCAAGGAGAACGACAUUGCCAGUGCGUUGCCCAAGAUCAUCAAGACCGGCUUUGCGGCCAUCCACCUCAUCUACUUCUUCACGGCCGGCCCAGACGAGGUCAAGUGCUGGCAGAUUCGGAAGCUGACCAAGGCGCCGCAAGGGGCGGGGGCCAUCCACACGGACUUCGAGAGGGGCUUCAUCUGUGCGGAGGUCAUGAAGUUCGACGAACUGAAGGAACUGGGGUCGGAGUCAGCCGUUAAGGCAGCAGGGAAGUACCGACAAGAAGGGAAAACGUACGUCAUACAAGAUGGCGACAUUAUCUUCUUCAAGUUCAACGUCACCUCCUCUGGGAAGAAAUAGCGCGUCUGCAUGCAAUAAAGUUGGAUGUGGUUUGACAAUCCUAAUAUCAUGCAAUCAGUCUGGUAUGGUCGAUUUUGGCGCAUGGAAAUUUGGGAUUGAACGUCAAUCUGACGUGCCAUACGGUCUGGUUGCCUUGCUUGCCGGAUAUGCGC